AGCCGAUCCUAUAUAUGAACAAUCAUAUAAAUAUGCCCAAUUCGUAGUGAAUAUCCCUGGUUUUCAAGUUCAAAAUCCCAAGGCAGCAUCGACUUCGAACAAACAUUCAAAUAGUAUUUAUUAUGGGUUCAAGCAAGACCCAGCACCGGGCAUUGCAAGCCCCGUCCACAACUCUUCUCUCCUUCUCGAAGUCCUUUGUUAGCUUCGUCCACUCCAUUCUUUAUCAUCUCGAAACGGUAUAUCUUACCUGCGCCAGCAAUGUCGGAGAUAUUAUCCUUAGUGGAUUCCUAUUCGGUGCACUCAAUGCCACCAUCGCCCCCCUCUUCUCCAUGGGUCCCGCCCUCUCCAUUCACGAUAUCAUUGCAUCAACACCUUCCAUGCUACUAUGGUCAUGGUGUAACCUCUUUCUAUUCUGCCUCCACAACCAGAAGCAGGAAGCCACAAUCAACGAAGAUAAGCUGAACAAAUCAUGGAGACCGAUCCCAGCCGGACGACUUACCCCGGAACAAGCAACGCGACUCCUAUAUAUCAUGCAUCCCUUCUGUCUUAUUGUUGGCCUCACAAUCGGAGGGCUAGUUCCGUAUGCCGCCUUGACUACAUUCCACGUAUAUUAUAACGAAUUCGGAGGCGCCGACGAUGGUAUCAUGAAAAACGCCCUUAACGGAGUGGGGGUCGCCUGUUUCUUCGCGGGGCCGUUCGAGGUCGCUACUGGACAUUCGGUCUUCGCUGGUCAAGGCGAUGCUGCUAAAUGGCUGCUCAUACUUGCGGCUACAUUCGGUACUACUAGUCACACACAAGACUUUCGCGAUGUCGAAGGAGAUGCGGCGGCUGGGCGGCGAACCAUCCCACUUAUGAUCGGAGAUAUACCGGCUAGGGUGGUAUUGACUCUAGGUAUUAUAGGUUGGACCGAAGUAGCGUGUUGGUAUUGGACAGUGGGGUGGAUGGAGCAUUUGUUUGCGGUCGUGGCAGAAGCAAUCCUCAUAGGAAAUCUGUUUCUUUGUCGUAGUAAGGAGGGUGAUAUUCGCGCUUGGAAGCUUUGGUCUGUUUGGACGUUAGCCUUGAUAAUGUUACCCGUAAUGGAAACAUACAUGUAGCGAAGGAGGCUGGGGAACUCCAAGUUGAAAGAUAAUAGAAGAAAACUUUUCCAGUGUACCCGGGACGUACUCA